AAUAAGAUUCCACUGAAUGGAUGUACCCCAUUUCAUUUACCCAUCAGCAGUGGGUGGACAUUUGCCUUGUCUCCACCUUGUAGCUGUUGUGAAUCGUGCUGCUAUGAACAUGCCUGCGCAAGACUUUGAAUACCUGCCUGCAAUUCUUCGGGGUAUAUACCUAGAACCCCUCUUGCAGGUGUUUGGAGACGUGGACCAGGUGCGGAUGACCUCGGAGGGCUCCGACUGCCGCUGCAAGUGCAUCAUGCGGCCGCUGAGCAAGGACGCGUGCAGCCGGGUGCGCAGCGGGCGGGCGCGAGUGGAGGACUUCUACACCGUGGAGACCGUGAGCUCGGGGUCCGACUGCCGCUGCUCCUGCACCGCGCCGCCCUCCUCGCUCAACCCCUGCGAGAACGAGUGGAAGAUGGAUAAGCUCAAGAAGCAGGCCCCCGAGCUCCUCAAGCUGCAGUCCAUGGUGGAUCUCCUGGAGGGCGCCCUGUACAGCAUGGACCUGAUGAGAGUGCACGCCUACGUCCACAAGGUGGCCUCCCAGAUGGACACGCUGGAAGAGAGCAUCAAGGCCAACCUGAGCCGCGAGAACGAGGUGAUGAGGGAGAGCAUGCGCCACUUCAGCGAGCAGCUGAAGCACUACGAGAACCAGUCGGCCAUCAUGCUGAGCAUCAAGAAGGAGCUCUCCAGCCUGGGCCUCCAGCUGCUGCAGAAGGACUCGGCCACAGCCCCUGCCGCCGCCCCCGCCCCUGCCCCCGGCCCUGGUAGCAAGGCUCAGGACACAGCUGGAGGGAAAGGCAAAGACAGCAACAAAUACGGCAGCACGCAGAAGAGCUUCGCAGACAGGGGCCUCCCAAAACCUCCUAAGGAGAAGCUGCUGAAGGUGGAGAAGCUGAGAAAGGACGGUGGCCAGGGCCGAUUCCCUCAGCCCACAGUCAGGCCCCGGGCCCUGGCCCAGCAGCAGGCGGUGAUCCGAGGCAUCACCUACUACAAGGCGGGCAGCAGGGAGGUGACCGAGGCUGACAACGCCCUCAGGGGCACUUCCUGGCUGGAACAGCUGUCGCCCAGGGAGGAGGGCAGGCCGCCCGAGCCCAACUCCGCGGAACAUGAGGAGGCUGGGCCCAGGGCCUCUGAGGGAGCAGACGUGGGCCCUGGCACCCCCUCCUCAAGGCCAGCCACCACCCCAACCCCCAGUGCCACCACCAGUCCCCUGCCCACCGAGCCACCUUCACACCCAGAAGUCCCCAGGCAAGGCAGGGAGGCCAGCUGUGAGGGCACCCUCCGGACCGUGGACCCCCCUGUGAGGCACCACAGCUACGGGCGCCACGAGGGAGCCUGGAUGAAGGACCCGGCCGCGCAGGACGACAGGAUCUACGUCACCAACUACUACUAUGGAAACAGCCUGGUGGAGUUCCGCAACCUGGAAAACUUCAAGCAAGGUCGCUGGAGUAACAUGUACAAGCUGCCCUACAACUGGAUCGGCACGGGCCACGUGGUGUACCAGGGCGCCUUCUACUACAACCGCGCCUUCACCAAGAACAUCAUCAAGUACGACCUGCGCCAGCGCUUCGUGGCCUCCUGGGCGCUGCUGCCCGACGCCGUGUACGAGGACACCACGCCCUGGAAGUGGCGCGGGCACUCGGACAUCGACUUCGCCGUGGACGAGAGCGGACUGUGGGUCAUCUACCCCGCGGUGGACGACAGCGACGGGGCCCAGCCCGAGGUGAUCGUGCUGAGCCGCCUGGACCCGGGGGACCUGUCGGUGCACCGCGAGACCACGUGGAAGACGCGGCUGCGGCGCAACUCCUACGGCAACUGCUUCCUGGUGUGCGGCAUCCUGUACGCCGUGGACACCUACAACCAGCGGGAGGGCCAGGUGGCCUACGCCUUCGACACGCACACGGGCACCGACGCCCGCCCGCAGCUGCCCUUCCUCAACGAGCACGCCUACACCACCCAGAUCGACUACAACCCGAAGGAGCGGGUGCUGUACGCCUGGGACAACGGCCACCAGCUCACCUACACCCUCCACUUCGUGGUCUGAGUGGGGACCUGCGCCCACAGGAGAGGAGCGGCGAUGGGCACGGCGGCUUUCCGUAGCGACUCCUGCAAGGAACUCCAUCAGCAAAUAUUUAUUGGGGACGCGGCGGGGCCAGGGGCUAGGCAUAUGGCAUAGCCAGCAGAAAGCUUCCUUAGCGCCCAGUGGAGUAAUCGUUGCUUCCACUCCAGAGCACAGUGCCCAGAGCUUCAUGAGCACAAACCCACCUCACCCUCCCGACAGCACCCUUGGAGGUAGAGAUAGUGAAGCCCAUUUCACAGGGGAAGACACUGAGGCUCAGAGAGACAACAUUCCUUGCCUCGGGGGCCAGUUUGGAUCAGGCAGGCCGCGUGUCACAACAGCCUCAUUUUACAGAUGAGACUUGACCAUGCUGCCCCCUGUGUCUGUCCCUCUCCCCUCUUCUAAUUUCUCUUGUUCUCACAACUCUGUCUCCCUUCCCAGGGCUUCUGAAAACCAGAGGCCUUUGGGACCAGUGCACUGAUGCUGGGGGGAGGCCAGGCUCUGUGUGCCACCCCAGGUCCCCGCUCUGGCUGAGCGUUGGUGGCCCUGGGCUUCGGGCCCUUUGGCUAAGGUCCCUGCUCCUUGGCUGUGGCCAGCCCUCCUACCCUACCCCACCCGCUGUCCAACCACAUUCCAAACCUCCAUGGUCACCCAGCCACUGAGCAGAAACCACACCCCAAGAAAAAUACCAGCCCCCCGUUCCAAGUUCCCCCUCCCUCUGUAGUCAACUCUAUUUUCUCUUCUUCCUCAGUGCUGUCAUGUGUUUCUGCAGCAACAGCUGAGAAGGCUGCAGACAGCUGCCUGCCAGCAGCGACUCUACCAGGGCAGGGAGCCGGGCCAGCCCCCAGGCUCCCUCUCCACCCACAAGAGCUGACUCUGGCCACAUACCCAGGCCCUGGGACCACUCCCCAGUCCCUUCCAGAGCCUCUGGGCCUGGGGUCUACCUUGUCCUUUCACUCUGGGCAUUUCAAGCCACAACCUAUAUGCACUCAGGGAUACCUCCAGGUCGGCCUUGAGCAAGACGAGAGGCCUGAGGUCAGGGUGGGGCCAGGACGAACCGGAUUCCCUCUUCUUUGUCAGUUCUGACCUGGUCAUUUGUGAGAUGGCCCAGCAGCCUGGGGGGCUGGGGAAGGCGAGAUCGGAGCAGUCGGGUCCAGGGGAGGCAUCGGACCUGGUUGCAGGGAACAGCCAGAGCCCUUUUCCAGGCUUCAGAGAUGUUGGUGCCAGGGCUGCCCCGAGCCCAGGACCUGGGGCUGAGCAGCACUGAUGGAUCUCCCACCUGGAACUGCUGAUGGCUCCCUGAGCCUCAGAUCCAGGCAACAAGACCUUGAAGCCUGCCCCUCAUCUGCUGCGGGCAGUCUUUUUAGAGCUGGGAGGUUCUCCAGUCCAACUCCCUGCUUCACCAAAAGAGAAAUAGGCCCGGAAAGGUUUAGAGAGGGCACGGGGCCACACUGGGAACAGGAUACAGCGAUUUCCUUCAGAAGGUCUCUGUCUGUGUCCUUUACUCUCCUGGCUUAGAGGCAGCUCUGCCUGGGAAGGCGAUAGACUGCCCAGCACCCAAUCCAUCCCAACACCUCAGAGAGGUAUUUACUGCUGAUCCCUACACACCCAGACCCCGCUACCCCGCAUGCCAGCUCCUGGGUAUCUGUACAUUUGGACACCCUGUUGUCACCUUAGGAACUCCAGCUGCAUACCCGAGAGGGCAGGGAAAUGCAUUUUGUGCUGAACGCAUUUCUUUGUCUCGUCGGGUGAUUUUGUAUGGUCAGGCACUGUCAGGUGAUGUUUUGCUUAAGCUGUAACUCACCCCUGAAAUCAAGGGGAACGAUGACGCCCAGCCCAGCAAGGCCUGACUCAUAGUGGUGGAUACAUCCAGCCUCCUCCACCCGAGCAUCCCGCUCCACUCACAGGCCCGCAAGGGGGCUGCGUGUCCCUUGACCCUGGGUGUGGGUUUUACAAGACUGUGUCUUUUAUGAUAUCACAGCCCAACCAUGUGAGAAGUGUUCAGGCUCCUCUUUCUCCAUUAAUCUGAGAAAAGGCAAAGUGAGAAUGGACUGAUUUUGAAAAAUUAAAGGACAAGCAAAAUGGUUGUCUGGGAAGAUGAUUCUGGCUGCAGCCUCCAAACACUUACUAAGCCUCUUCUCUUUUCAGGCCCUUGUAUGUGGGUUGUGUGGUAGGAAUAGUUACUUUCCUCAUUUUACAGAUAGUCAAACUGCAGCCUAGAGAAGUUAAGUCACGUAGGCAGUUAAGUGGAGGGCAAGGUUUCAAAAUCAGGUAAUAAACCAUAUUCAUUGACUCAUCAACCGUGUGCUAAGCAUGCCAUGUGCUUAUUCUUGCAUCUCCACAACAAUAUACGGUAUAGACUCUGAAUACGCCCAUUUUACAGGUGAGGAAACUGAGAUGAAAGGACUUAUCUCAGGUCACAGUGCAGCUUAGCCUGUGGCAGAGUUGGGGUUUCAGGGCUGGUCAGUAUAUUUUCUAUGCUAACUGUCCGCCACCCUAGCAGCUGCUCUAAAAAUGGUGGCUGUUGCUUUUAUUCAGUGUGGCCAGGCCACAGAUUACGUCCACAUAUGAGACCCAAGAAGAAGGUUGGGGUCAGCGUGGAUGAGCCUUGGAUGCCAAGCCAACCACAUUUAGAACAAAGCCAAGUAUAAAUUAACAGAGAAAAGAAAAUUCUAGGGCGAUUAGGUUUAUACCAAAGGCCCAAACUAACGGUGGUUAGGAAUCUUGUAACCAGUCAUGUUUUCUGUUUUGCUUUGGCCACUGGGAAGCUCAAAGUCAAAUGUGUUAUUAUUUUUAACAAUUGUACGGAGUCUCCCACUGGACGCUGGCUUCGUUCUAGUCUUCCUGCUUUUACCUUUACCCUAAUCUCUUUAUUUUUAUUCUAUUGUAUUUUAUCUAUUUUUGUAAGUUGCCACAAUCCCUUGUUUGCAACAUAGUGGCGUAUACCUAAAUAAACACAUGACCAAAAGCUUGA